UCUUACCUGUGCCGGCUUCUCCGCUUGUUGCAUUUUACUGUCCCCAUGCAGACAAUGCCAAAGGGAUAAACAGAGCUAAAAUUGGUGAAAAUUCACUCGAAUCCAAAUGUAAACAACCCAUUUUUCUCCUGUUCCAAUCCCAUCCAUUCCAUUCCAUUCCUUCUCCCUGUGCUCGGAUUCCUGUUCUUGCAGCUGAUCCCUAGAUCUUCCUCUUUGCCCGAGAAUUUUCCGCCCAAUUCCCCACUCCGAUUCCUCUUCUUUCGCCCAAAUUUUGGCUCAACAUUUCGCAGCGCAAUCUCGAGCUGAAUCUUGGGGGGUAAAGCUUUGCUUCUUGGAAUCUUGGUGCGGUUUUUGGGGGAGAUUUGCGAGCGUUUGGAGCCGAGAAGAUGAACAGGGAGAAAUCCCCGAUCCCGGGAGACGGCGGCGACGGGUUGCCGCCGCAGGCCACCCGCCGGGCGGGCCCUCCGGCGGCGGCGGCGGCGGCGGAGUACGACAUCAGCCGCAUGCCGGAUUUCCCGACGAGGAACCCCGGCCACAGGCGCGCCCACUCCGAGAUCCUGAGCCUCCCCGAGGACCUCGACCUGUGCGCGGCCGGCGGCGGCGACGGGCCGUCGCUGUCGGACGAGAACGACGAGGAGCUCUUCUCCAUGUUCCUCGACGUGGAGAAGCUGAACAGCACGUGCGGGGCGUCGUCGGAGGCGGAGGCGGAGUCGUCGUCCGCCGGCGCCGCGGCGGCGGUGGCGGCGGCGGCCGCCGCCGCCGCCCAUGGAGCGAGGCCGAAGCACCAGCACAGCCUGUCCAUGGAUGAGUCGAUGUCGAUCAAGGCUGAGGAGCUCGUCGGGGCGUCGCCCGGGACGGAGGGGAUGUCGUCGGCGGAGGCCAAGAAGGCCGUGUCCGCGGCCAAGCUCGCCGAGCUUGCUCUCGUCGAUCCCAAGAGGGCGAAAAGGAUUUGGGCUAACAGACAAUCUGCGGCAAGAUCAAAGGAAAGGAAAAUGCGAUAUAUUGCUGAACUUGAGCGCAAGGUGCAAACCCUGCAAACAGAAGCAACAACACUGUCAGCCCAGUUGGCACUGCUACAGAGAGAUACCAGUGGGCUAACUACUGAGAAUAGUGAACUGAAGCUACGUCUGCAGACCAUGGAGCAGCAAGUCCACUUGCAAGAUGCUUUGAAUGACACCCUGAAGUCUGAGGUUCAGCGGCUUAAGGUUGCAACCGGUCAAAUGGCGAAUGGUGGAGGGAUGAUGAUGAACUUCGGUGGCAUGCCACACCAAUUCGGAGGCAACCAGCAGAUGUUCCAGAACAACCAGGCCAUGCAAUCUAUGCUGGCAGCACACCAGCUGCAACAGCUCCAGCUUCAUCCUCAGGCUCAGCAGCAGCAGGUGCUGCACCCUCAGCAUCAGCAGCAGCAGCCAUUGCACCCUCUACAAGCGCAGCAGCUCCAGCAGGCGGCACGAGACCUCAAGAUGAAAUCGCCGAUGGGCGGCCAGAGCCAGUGGGGAGAUGGCAAGUCAGGAAGCAGCGGCAACUGAUGCGUCAUUUACAAAUUUACAAAAAAAUUCCCCAAAGUUUCGGUGUAAGGUUGUGGUUUAACAACCAUGGAGAUGGUCUGUUUCAUUGAGAUGAUGAUGAUGUGCAAGAGUAGUUAUCAUCAUCAUCAUCGGUAGGUUCAGGUUGGCUUCAGCUUCAGUCAUACAGUUGGGUGGAUGUUCAGUUGAAGAGUUUAUCUGUAGCUGGUUCAGUAAGGAAAUGGUCGAAUAAUCAAGAAUUCCAGGUUAAAAUCUUUCGUUUCUUUGGUAAGGUAGCACAUCACCAAGAUGUACUGUUGUAGUGUUGUCUACAGUUCCAUAAAUUCAAGUAGCCAGUAUACGCUGUUGUUUAGUUUUUCUCCGGUUUUUUAGAGGUAGAGGCGUUUCUAGUGUUAAUCGAGAGGUAUACUGUAUACCUUCUGAUUAACAUGUAAAUCACUCAACACCUCUACCUCCAUAAGGACCGGAGAAAAACUCAAUUGUUUAAUUAAGAUGCCAUUCAUGACUA